UCAAAAUCCAACAAUGUUAUUAAAAUUAAUACAACAAAUGCAAGAGUUUAUAGACGAAUAUAAUAUAAAUCUCAUACAUGCAAUAUUUAUUGGUUUCACAAUACUUAUUGUAAUAUUUGGCAGUCUCAUGAAUUUGAUUGAACAGCAUUUGCCAUUAUGUAUACGUCAGUCCUUUCGCUAUGGCAAGCAUUGCCAUGUGGGAAGCCGCGAUCCAUUGGUAACAAAGCUCGAAGUGCCGAAAAGUUGGUUCAAGCAUUUCUACGUGUUCGCUUUCACUUGGUCAGUGCUGGCAUUAUUUCUAGUACUUAAAGUAUUAAUAUUGCGUGCUGAGGCACCUGAGUUUGUAUUGCAAUUCUUGGACUUUAUGGCCGGUGGUGCUGCUAAUAGAAAAGUACAAGUCGAUUCUACCAGCGCGUUGGUAGUGAGUAUACUGAUGACAUUACAAUGUGGACGAAGAUUUUAUGAAACAAACUUUAUACAAAUCUUCUCGAAGAAGAGCAAAAUAAAUUUUUCACAUUAUAUGGUUGGUUAUAUACAUUAUUUUGGCGUUAUUUUAGCUCUGUUAGCAAAUACAGAAGGUUUCGUUAGAGAUACUUUACCUUCGCAGUUUUCGUAUGCAAAAAUUACACUACUACAAUAUUUGUGUGUCUUCAUCUUUCACUUUAGCUGGACGCAACAGUAUAAAUCCAAUAUGAUACUUGUCAAUCUGCGUAAAAAUCCACAGACAGGUGAAGUAUCUACUGAGAAGCAUUUGUUACCAAGAGGCGGUUUCUUUAAUUUGAUCUCAUCACCGCAUAUGUUUUUCGAAAUUGUUAUGUAUGCGGUUUUAUUGAGUCUAUUGCCCAGAUGCACUUCAUGGUAUUUUAUAGUAUUUUGGGUACUCAGCAAUCAGACUAUGAAUGCGCUACUUACGCAUAAAUGGUACAAGGAUAAUUUUAAAGAUUAUCCUAAAAAUCGUCGUGCACUUUUCCCAUUCGUGCUGUAGAUCAUAUCAAAUCUGUUAAUGAUAGUCUUACCGCAUACUCUUGUCUAAUUUUAAUACAGACUCUUUUUUUUUUAAUAAUUAAGUGCUGACUAAUAGUCAGCCACUAGCAAAUGGCUAAACUUUAUUUUAAACUAUGCAUAAGUCUGACAUAUUGUUUGAUAGUCUCUUUAAAUUAAUUUGAUAUUUGAUAUUUUUUAUUAAGAUAUCCAUUAUACGGAUAUAGCACAGUCAAUAUAAAACAAAUAGAACAUUCCAUUUCAUUAUUUAAAAACAGAGACAGUUCACAAUUAAGUGAAAGUACAGUUGUAUCUUCAAUAUUAACCUAUAUAUAGACUUCCAAAAAACUUUAUCCAAGAAAAAUGAAACUCAAAACACAGAACAUAAUUCACUUUUGAAACGAAAAUUGUGGUAGAAACUUUCUAUUUGUAGAAGUAUUGUAGAGACUCUAUUUCCUGGGUCGAUCCUAUUUAAUCAUAAUUGCCACGAUUUUCUUGGAUCACCGUAGUAACCUAAUCUAACCUGUAUAUCGAUUAAUAUUGAUUAUAGAUCUUGACGUUCUCUCCAUCUCUUUCUCAUAACUUUUUAUUUGUUUUUAUCUAGACUUUAAUUUUAAUAUAGCAAAAAACAGAUAUUUUUUUUCUCUAAUUUAAUAUAAACCCUAUUUAUACCUCUAUAUCGUAAAUAUGUGCCAUUGCAAUCACCCAUAGUAUUGUAUGCAUACUUUUAAACAGUUGAACUCAAUGUGUCUAAGACUUAAAGUAAUCAUUUCAAUUUUUAACAUUAUCAUUUAAAAUGUUUUUGUAUUUGCUAUAAUAUAUAUGCAGACACUAUACAUUCCUAUUUCUUAAAGUCUUUAAAUAAAUAAUAUAAUGUAUACUUUGUAGAAGUGGAAUUAAACUUCUUCUCUAACUUAUAAGACAAGAGCUUACUAUAUUUUGUUAAUUGUGCCUUUUAAAACCAUUUAUACAUAAUCAAAUUUUUAUUCUCAUUA